GUGUCUAGCCUAUGCCUGUACCCAAUUGGCGGGGUUCUAAUUUCAAGUCAUUCAAUUCAAGUUUAUGGAAAUAAGAGUUUCAAAACACGAGCCUUCUAAAAGUGACCCAUUUCAAGAGAAAGCUGAGAAGGAUUGGUUAAAUACUAACGUCUUUGAAGCUUCUUAUUGACUUAAGUCGAAGGAAAUGGGACAGCAGAAUGGCCAUGAUAAAGAAAGGAACAGCCAAGCCUCAAACUACCAAGUUAAGGAUACUUUAAAGCAGGAGAUUUCUCACCUUCAAGAACAAUUGCAUGAUCAAUUUGUGAUACGGCGUGCAUUAGAGAAGGCACUGAGUUUCAGGCCCCUUUCCUAUGAUAUUGCAGUUGAAAAAUCAAUCCCCAAGGCUGCCAAGGAACUUAUCAAGGAAAUUUCAGUUUUAGAAUUGGAAGUUGUCUACUUGGAAAAGUAUCUUCUAUCAUUGUACCGGAAAACUCUUGAUCCAAGAAUCUCAUCCCUGUCAACCAUGGAAGAAAUACCGAAAUCCACUUCUCCAGAGCAUAAAGGGAUGGUUUCAGAGGUUCCUGGGCAAGAUAUUACAUCAGAGAAAGAAAAUUCAUCUAUCCUAUCUAGUGGUCUUAUGUCCUCUUCAACUGGGCACUCUUUUAGAGAAUAUGAUGACAUUUCAGGGUCUCGAAAACUGUUGGAUUUUGGCAUUCAUCGAAGUCACUCAUCACUCUCCCAUCAUUCAGCACGUGCUGUAAGAAAAGCUACAGACUCUUUUCAUUCCCUGCCUUUGUCAAUGCAAGCUGAUAUGGAUGCUUCAAAUGAGCAUUUUGAAACCAGCAUUCCAGAUCGUGUUAUGGGAAUGCCAAACUCCCUUUCUGAGGAGAUGAUCAAGUGCAUUUCAGCCAUUUAUUGUGAACUUGCAGAUCCUCCUUUGAUCAACCAUGAUUACUUGUCCUCUCCUAUUUCCUACUCAUCAGAUUUAAUUUCUUCUCAAGGCCAAGGAGAUAUAGGAAGCCAAGAGAGUGGGAGAUUUUCAUCCUUUAACUCACAUUGUGAUAAUUCUUUCAGCAUUGUGAAGUCCAUGGAAUUGGGUGGACCUUACUGCACAAUGGCAAAGGUACAGUGGAUUUGCCAAGAUAGUAAGAAGCUAAGAAAUAUUGAACAUAAGGUGCAACAUUACAAGUCACUUGUUUAUCAGUUAGAAGAAGUUGAUGUUAGAAGGAUGGAAAAUGAGGAGAAGCUAGCAUUCUGGAUUAAUGUGCAUAAUUCUCUGGUGAUGCAUGCAUUUUUGGUUCAUGGGGUUCCUAAAAACAAUCUGAAAAGGGUAUCCUUAUUACUAAAGGCUGCAUAUAACGUAGGGGGUCAAAUCAUAAACAUAGACAUGAUACAGAGUUCUAUUCUAGGAUGUCGAUUGCCUCGUCCAGGACAGUGGCUGCGUUUUUUGUUUCCUUCAAAGACAAAAGUUAAGGUUGGAGAUCCACGAAAAGCUUAUGCAAUUGAGCAGCCAGAACCUCUUUUAUAUUUUGCACUUUGUUCAGGAAGUUUCUCUGAUCCUGCGGUCCGUAUGUACACAUCAGAGAAAGUGUUCCAGCAACUAGAAGUUGCAAAAGAAGACUACAUCCAGUCAAAUUUCAGUUUCAACAAGGAAAAGAAAAUAUUGAUGCCAAAGAUCAUGGAGUAUUUUGCAAAGGAUUCAGAUAUUUGUCAAGCUGUUUUGGUCCAGAUGGUCGAAGAGUUUAUGCCUCAAUCUUUAAGGAAGAACAUUCAGCAAUCUUGUCACAGAAAACGUGGGAAAAGCAUUGAGUGGAUACCUCACAACUUUGCCUUCCAAUAUCUGCUUUCAAGAGAUCUAGUCGGUGAUCUUUUGCUGUAUUAGACAGUGAUACCCAAGAUCUAUUAUGCAUUUUACAAGUAUGUUUUCGUGGGUGAAUGACAGAUGAAUCAUAACUGAAACAGGGUUACUCCUGGUGCUGCCAAUGUCAAUGAAGACACUCAUCAAGAUACAAGCUGGAGUAGGGCUGACUCAAGAAGGCAAGGAAUUCGGGUUGGUUGUGCUUGAUCCUGUUUGUUCAUCAGCCUUCUUAUGAUGACAAGAUGUUGUGAUUCGGCUGUCAUUCCUAAUUAUGUUCAGCUUUCCCUGUAACAAGUACCUGAGAGAAUCAAGGGAAGAGAUGUGUCAUAGAAUGCCUGCACCAUACCAUCUGUACAAUGUCAUGUUUAUUUUGCUCCUGAAUUGUGAUGAAAAAACUGUCUUGUUUAUUUUUAACAUUACCUAGAUUGUCAUUUUUCCAUCUAUAUUUCUAUUAACAUGUUUUUUUUUUUUUUUUUUUGAUACAUCAAAAGGUUGCUACAUCAAAAGGUUUGUUUUGUAAGUUAAUAGAUAUUAAUUUAACUAAAUUCUUGUGGUGUAUGUACUAAAAUAUAGGCUCUAUUUACUAACUUAAGAAAAAUACCCGGUUUAGACCGGUUUCAUAUUCAGGCUUUGCUUCUGACAGCGCCAACCAAUAAUCGGCCAUGUCCCGUGCACCUUAUGAGCCACAGAUAUCCCCUGGUUGGAGCAUUUUCCCUAGACUUAAAUUUAUAAAAAAAAAGAAAAAAA